AUGCUCACAAGACUCAUUGCCAUUCUAUUCUCACCCUUGACCGGAAACCAAGGAUCGCCUGAUCUCGAGCGCAAGUCCUACAGCUACGAGCUUUUCGUCAGAGUCGCUCUCCUCACUUUCCAGAACCCGAGCACCACAGUCAUUGUGUUGCACGGGUUUCCAGAACCAAGGCAUUAUUCAAGUCCUGUACGCUCGACAAUGACAUCCUCUUCUGUUGCAAGCCAGGAUGCCCGCAGGGCCCGGCUCCAGCAGCUGGCCGCCGAAUGGGGGAUCCACCAACCGAGUCCGGUGAUCCCACCUCUCCCAGCCCCGGUUGCCCGCACCCAGCAGGACGACCUCGAGGCAGAGGAGCUGUUGAAGCGUCGGCGAUUGUCGUCGUCUUCUGGCAUGGAAAGGCAUUCGCAUGGUAGCCUCAGGCGAGCCUUCGGUUCCAGCAAGAAGACGUGGGAAGCGAGCGAGAUCUUCGAGGCCCUCGACAACCAUAUCGCCAACCGUGGCUCUCCCGGCGUCGCCGAUGCUCUUAUUGAGAAGUUGAAGUCAGCUGGCGGCAACAUCAAUGUCCUAAAUGUCAAGAGCAAGACGAGCAUCAUCUCCCGGCGGAGGAGCCUCGAGUCGUUAGAGCGCAGUCGUGUUCUGCAGAAGGCUAUCGAGAACAGGCAGGCUGAUAUGGUCGCCUUGUUGGUUCAAUAUGCCGACGAGAUCGCUCUUGACAAUUCUUUGUCAUAUGCGCUGCGUACCACGGAUCCGGUGAUGGUCCAGUUACUGCUUGCUCGCGGUGCUAAUGCCUCCCAAACUGACGAUGCCAAAAACGCUUUCGCAGAGCUGUGCGCCAUGGGGGGGUAUUCCGACAUUGUAGGUCUCGUACUUCAGUCCGAGGGCCGACCACCCCCCGACUGGUUGUCGAUGUGCAUGGUCAGUGCUGCCAAAAAGGGAUGUCUCCCAACCGUGCUGUGGCUCAGCCGAGCCGCUGCUGAUGGGGAGUACAGCAAGGGGGAGGCCCUGAAGACUGCCAUCGAGCAAUGCCGUGUUGAUAUUGCUUUGGCCAUCCUCACGGGGGCCAAGCCUCCCAUCAGCGGAGGUCAAGCUGUGACGGAGAGCUUUAUCCAGCUGUUCCAGAAAGAUACCAUCAACCCGAACGAGAAGUUGGUCCUUGCUGAGGCACUGCUUUGCGCUGGAGCUUCAGGGGAUCCCGUCUCGGCUGCCCUUGUGGUGGCUUGUGAAGCUGGCUUCUUCGACAUGGUUAACCUGCUUCUGUAUUACGGCGCCUCGGUCGAUUACCAGGACGCGUCAGUCAUCAAGUCGGCCAUUGCCCGGGGCCAUACGGGCCUGGUCAUGUCCAUGCUGAAUGAGCAUACGCCCCUCAGCCCGGUUUACGCUUCUCAGUGUGUCGAGAGCAUCCCGAAAAAUCUCCUCCCUGAAGACCGUCACACCAUUCUUAGCAUCUUGCUCCGCAAAGGCGCGAAAGGAAAUCCCCUUUCUGAAGCUCUCAUCGACGCAGUCAAGGCCUCCGAUCUUCAGUCCGUGCAGCUCUUGCUCACCCCUCACUUCGCUGUCGGCCAAACCGUUUCCAGGCAAGGAUCCCAGAGUAGCCAUGUCAGCGUGGCCUACAUCAGUCAUGAUGUGGCCUCAGUCGACUACAAGGACGGCCUUGCUUUGAUGAUCGCCGUCCAGAUGGGCAACGUCGCCAUGGUGCGACAGCUCUUAACCGGCAGACCAUCGACCCACACGCUUGACCGGGUGUUCCCUCUAAUCCAUCAUCUUCCAGAUCCCGUCCGUUGUCACAUGGCUGAGUGCCUUGUGCCAGCGGGCGUCUCGCAGUCGUGCAUCUCUGCAGUGUUGCAGGCUGCAAUUGAAGAGCAACCGCCUAGGAGGAACGAGGCCUUGAUUGGCUUGCUGCUGCAGAAUAAUGCCGAUGUCGAUUUCAAUGCGGGAGCGAGCAUUCUGUCCGCAGUAGUCAACCAAGAUCUGCCGUUGCUAGAGACGCUCCUUCAAAGCAGGCCAUCGAUCCAUACCAUCAAUGGUGCUUUGUUGAAGGCCAUGGAACUUGGUGAUAGGCUCAUCAGGUACCAAAUCAUAAUGCGGCUCCUCCGGGCUCGGAUGGGGCCGAUUCAGCCAAGCGCCGAGUUGGCUCAGGCUUUCAUUCAGUUGCUGUCAACGAAGCCGGUUGAUAGCCACUUGGUGGCCCUGUUCCUGGAUCAUGGUGUGAUUGAUGCCAACUACGAACAGGGCCUUCCUGUUGCCAUCGCUGCCGAGGAUCCAGAGCCGGCAUUACUCGAGCUCCUCCUCGAAAAGGGCAAACCCAAUCACGAUACCCUUUACCGUGGCCUCGAUUUGCUCACAGGAACACCUGGAAACUCCACAAAAGCUAACAAAGUUCACUCCAUCCUUAGCCGGACGACUGAAAACGGAAUCCUCGAUGCUAUACUUUUCAAAGAAGUGCAAACUCUUCUCCAAACCCCUCCCGAGAGGCAAGACCUCUCCAUUCUGCACUCCCUGCUCUCCGCCGGUGCCGAUGUCAACGCUCACAAUGCUGCAGCCCUCUGCUGCGCCGUGAGGGCUGCAAAUGAGCCCAUCGUCGAUAUGCUCUUCAGCGCGAACCCGUCCCCUGCUUCGCUGGGCCGCGCCCUACCGCAGGCCCUUAACAUCUUGGAGCCAAUGGACCGUCUUACCUUCACCCAGAAGCUUAUAGAAGGCGGCGCGCCGGCCACCGAGGUGAACAGAGCGCUAGGCUUUGCCGUAUCUGCGCUUUCAAACGAUCGCCCUCUGAUUGCGCUCCUCGCAGCCUAUGCAGAGUCUUCUGACGGGAAGGCGCUCGCGAGAGCCGUGAUGAGCGAGAACCCGGAGAUCGUGCAGCUCAUUCUGGAGAAGAGCCCAGCAAAGUACUCGGUUGCGGUGCUGCGGACGGUAUUCCAACAUGCAAUGGAUCUGAAGAAUAAGGAUAAGCGGCUUGCGAUUUGUACGAGUCUACUCAAGAAGGGGCUCUCGGGUCCCAUUGUAUCCGAUGCACUGCUAACCGCUGUGGAAGAGGGGGAUAUCGCGCUUGGGAAAGUUCUGGUUGACUUUGGAGCUGAUAUCGAUCACCAAGAUGGGCAGGCUAUCGUGCAAGCUUGCAAGAGCGGGUCAUACGCCGUGCUUGAGAUGCUACUUUCUAGCAGGGCCCAGGUCACGAAGCAUACUCUUGUCAAGGGCUUCCAGGCGGUGACGAACGUCAAGGACCUGCCCACCCUCGAGCGGGUCUUCCGCCUGCUCCUCGAGAGAGGCGUUGACGGCGAGGUUGUCGAUGCGCAGCUCGCUGCUGCAUCGCGCUUCGGUCUCGACGGCGAGCCCUUGGUUCGUCUGCUGAUGCAGUAUGGCGCCAGCCCGGACUUCAACUAUGGUGAAGCCGUGUGGAAUGCAACCCGCAGCGCGGUCUUCAGCACCCUAAAGGUGAUGCUUGGCGUCGAGCUUGUCAGCGAGACACAGAAGCGGCCUGGCAAAGAGACCCUCUUGCGCUCUUUAAAGGCAAGCAAGAAGCUCAGCCGCGAUGCCAGGUACCAGGUUAUCGAAUGGCUGUUUGAAGCCGGGCUGCCGCCAUGCGAGGAGAUUGACAUCACGCUGAAUCGGGCAGUCAAGGAUGAACCCGAUGCCAGACUAGUCAGGCUGUUGCUUGACCACGGAGCGUCUCCAACAGCUAAUGGCUGCCAGACCUUGAUCGAUGCAGCGCAGUUGAUGAUGGUCGAUAUCUUGGGGAUGCUGCUCGAGCUCGAGAUCUCGGAGAAAGACAUCUCCUGGAGUUUUCAACAGGUGUUCACCCCCGAGGCCGGAGAGACUUGGAUGACAGAGCGGGGAUUCCAGGUUGCAGAGUUGCUCUUGGGGAAGGGCGCUGAAGGAAAGGCGCUGACUUUGGCACUGGCUACUUGCAUUGAUGCCUUCGACUCGGAAAAGGAUGAAGUGGCACGCAAGUUUGCACGCAGGCUCUUGCAGUCGCCCGUGGACGUUAACUAUGAAGAUGGUUUGGUUCUCCAGAAAGCAGCUCAAAAGGGAGAUGCUCAUCUGAUCCAGCAGCUGCUCAAUCAAAAGCCCUCUCCCCUUGCAGUGUCUCUGGCAUUCCCGUAUAUCUUUGAGGCUGGUUUGGAUGAGAGCGAGGUGCUCAGGCUCAUCCACGUCUUUGCGGAUUACAGAAACGGAGAAGAUGGACUUGAUACCGUCUUCAACCACCCCUCCUUCAUGCCGAUCUUGUUCCAUGCCCUGGAUAGAUUCCCACGAUCCGUGGAUAUUCUGGAAGCCCUGCUCAAUGCUGGUUACUAUCAUGACCAGGUUACAAGAGUGCGUGUCACUGAUGAGGUAGAAGAAGAGGAAUUUGUCACGGUCCUUUUCUGGGCACUCCUCCAGCCGGAAAAGAGAGUCAGCAGUGCAUGCAUAGAACUCCUGAUUGAGCGUAAUGCCAAGGUCAACUUUGAAACCGACAUCUCGAAGAAAACACCGCUCAUGCUGGCAGUCCAGCACCGGAGGCUGGAUCUUGUUAAGACAUUGAUACUCGAAGGCGCAGUUGUUGAUGUGAUGGAUUCAGCAGGCAAUACUCCUCUAACCAUGGCAACCCAGAUUGGCGGAGAAAUGGGGGCUGCUCUGUUGGGAAUCCUCCUUGUGGCUGAGCCGUCCAUCAAUGACGGGUCGCUUCACAACGCCGCGAGAGAGCUCGAUAUUGCUGCGAUGGAGGCGCUGAUUAAGCAUGGCCAUGAGCCCGAUUUCCCAAGUCCACUGCAUGGAGGCCGCAGUGCCCUCGGUGAGCUGUGCCUAAACGCCGGUAGCACUGGUGAGAUGAACAGGGAGCGUAUCAAGAAGAUGGAGCAGGCCAUCAGAUUCCUCAUCGACCAUGGCUCUGACCCGACUAUACAGUGCGAGGGCAAGACUGUUCUGCACCUGGCCCUCCACUCGGCAAAUCCCGUCCAGACCACAACUGCCCUCCUCAGAGCCAUUUGGCAUGACAUCAACAAGCCCUGUUAUCUUUACUCUGAUGGCGAGUACACUUAUUCCCCAACCCAAUAUGUUGCUCGCGUCAUGCCACCAUCCCCGCUCAACCAAGACCUCAUUAAGGUCCUCCGCAUGUCUCGCUGCAAAGAUGUCUACUACGCCAAUGACCCCACGGUCCCCCAGCCCGAAGGCGCAGUCAACCUCCCUGAGGAACUUCUCCGAGCCGAGCGUGAGCGCAAGGCCCGCGAGUACCGCAUCAAGAAGGAAGAAGAAGACCACAAGCUGGCAUUGGAGCGCACAAAGGAAAUUGCGCAGCUCCAGAACCAGAUCUUCCUUUCUCGAGCCGAGCUUGAAGAUGCGUGUGCCCGCCGCCGGCACGAGAACGAACUAGCCACCCAGCGCGAGCGGCAGCAGAUCGAGGAGGAAGCCUUUGCUGCGGAGCUGAGACGGCGCAAGGAAGAGCGCGAGGCAGCCAUCCAACACGAGCAUCGGUUGACAGAAGCCGGCCUUACCAGGGCCCGGCUGAUCGCCGAGGCGGAGAUGGAACUGGAGGAGAAGAAACACGAGAUGGCACUCACGUGGGAGAUGAAGCAGGCUGCGGAGAGGGAGAGGAAUGCUCAGCAGCUUAGCCGGCUUCGGAUUGAGGAGCGGCAGGCGAUCGAGAGGAUCGAGAAGGCUGCGGAUGAGAGAACCAUCAGGAGGAUUACGGAGCAUAAGCGGUUGGUGGACAGCCAGAAUGUCCUUGCUACGAGGUUGGCAGCUGGGGGGCUUGAUCAGAGGAAGCAGAUUGGCUAUGUUACUGGGGAGUUGGACUAA